AUGGGGCUAAGAAUUGCCAGCCUCUUUAUGCUCUGGCUGGCUCUUUCCAACACAAAUGAAAUAAGAAAAGGAAGGACAAGAAAUCAUGGACACUAUGUCUGCAGCACUUGGGGAAACAACCACUUCAAAACUUUUGAUGGAGACGUCUAUCAAUUUCCUGGCAUUUGCGAGUAUAAUUUUGUUUCUGACUGCCAAGAGACUUACAAGGAGUUCUCUGUCCACAUUCAGCGUGGUCUGAACAGCAAUAACCACCCUGAGAUCCAGUAUAUUCUAUUAACAAUCAAGGAUUUCACGGUGUACCUCCAACCAAAACUGACUGUGGUGGAUGGGCGGAUAGUCAAAACACCUUACUACAGCUCUGGUUUGCUUAUUGAGAGCAGUGACAUUUACACCAAGGUUUAUGCCAAGUUAGGCCUGAUUCUGAUAUGGAAUCAGGAAGAUGCGCUGAUGGUGGAGCUGGACAGCAAGUUUAGCAACCAGACCUGUGGUCUUUGCGGGGAUUACAAUGGAAUUCCAAUCUACAAUGAGUUUAUCAGUGGAGUUGCAAGCUACAAUGCAAUUACAUAUGGGAAUUUACAGAAGAUCAGCAAACCCAAUGACAAAUGUGAAGACCCCGACGAAACUCUGGCUCUUCCAAGCUGUAAUGAGCAUCGUGAUGAGUGUGAGAGGCUGCUGACCUCCUCUGCAUUUGAUGACUGUCAGUCACGCCUUAAUUUGGAAAUGUACAUCCAAGCCUGCAUGCAGGACAAGUGUGCAUGUAAUGGAAAUGAGGACUCCUUCUGCCUCUGCAGCACCAUCUCGGAGUAUUCUCGUCAGUGUUCGCAUGCAGGUGGCCGGCCGGGUGAAUGGAGGACACAGUCCUUUUGCCCCAAGACCUGUCCUGGCAACAUGAUCUAUAGAGAAAGUGGCUCACCCUGCAUGGAUACUUGCUCACACUUGGAGAUCAGCAGCCUUUGUGAGGAGCACUACAUGGAUGGUUGUUUCUGUCCUGAAGGAACUGUGUAUGAUGAUAUUACUGAAAAAGGCUGCAUACCUGUUAGCCAGUGCCACUGCAGACUCCAUGGAAAGGGGUAUUCCCCUGGAGAAAGCAUUACCAAUGAAUGUGAAGAAUGCACCUGUGAUUCAGGCAGAUGGACAUGCAAAGAUUUACCCUGUCCAGGCACAUGUUCAGUGGAAGGAGGUUCCCAUAUCACUACCUUUGAUGGGAAGAAAUACACCUUCCAUGGAGACUGUUACUAUGUGUUGGCCAAGGGUACUGUAAAUGAUACUCAUGCCCUCCUGGCAGAGCUGGCUCCCUGUGGCUCCACAGAUGGGCAGACCUGUUUGAAGACUGUUGUGCUGUUAGUAGAUGCCAAAAAAAAUGUGGUGGUUUUCAAAUCAGAUGGCAGCGUGUUACUGAAUGAGAUGACAGUGAAUGUGCCUCAUGUAUCAGCCAGCUUCUCAGUUUUCAAGCCAUCUUCCUACUACCUCAUUGUACAAACUUCUUUUGGGCUUCAGCUGCAGAUCCAGUUGUUUCCAAUCAUGCAGCUGUUUGUGACUGUCGAUCAAUCAGUCCAAGGAAAUCUUCAAGGUCUUUGUGGAAAUUUUAAUGGAAUGGAAGGUGAUGACUUUAAAACAACCAGUGGGUUGGUGGAAGCUACAGGAUCUGCCUUUGCUAACACAUGGAAAGCUCAGUCAAUCUGUGCAGACCAGGCAGAGAGGCUGGAAGAUCCCUGCAGUCUCAGCAUUGAAAGUGCAAAUUAUGCUGAGCAUUGGUGUUCUUUGCUGAAAAACUCAGAGGGCCCUUUUGCAAGAUGUCACUCAAUCAUUGAUCCUUCAGAAUACUAUAAGAGAUGUAAAUAUGACACCUGCCUCUGCAAGGACAAUGAAGAAUGCUUGUGUGCUGCCCUGUCCUCUUACUCAAGAGCCUGUGCUUUCAAAGGGAUCAUACUGGGAGGCUGGAGACAAAGCAUCUGCACUGGUGAACUGUCUGCCUGCCCAGGAAAUCAAAUCUUCCUUUACAAUCUUACAAUGUGUCAGCAAACCUGUCGUUCCAUUGCUGAUGGUGAAAAGCACUGCUUGCAAGACUUUGCUCCUGUGGAUGGCUGUGGCUGCCCAGAUAAUACAUACUUGGAUAACCAGGAUACAUGUGUGCCUGUCUCCAAAUGCCCGUGUUAUUACAAGGGGUCAUACCUGGAACCAGGGGAAUAUGUCAUAAAAGAUGGAGAGCGUUGUGUUUGCCGAAAUGCAAAGGUCCAGUGUACUUCAGUGUACAUGAGAAUGAAAAGUAUAACAGAAUGCCCUUCUAACAAAACCUACUUUGACUGCAACACCUCCCCGAACUGGUCUUCACAAACGCCUAUACAACUUCGCUGUGGUACUCCUCAAACCGAUCAUUACCAAGCAGAGUGUGUCUCAGGCUGUGUGUGUCCUGAAGGUUUGUUUGAUGACGGCCGAGGGGGCUGCGUUAAGGAAGAAGACUGCCCAUGUUUUCAUAACAAUGAGUGGUAUAAUCAUGGACGGAGCAUAGCAGUGGACUGCAACACCUGUACCUGUCAGAAAGGAGUCUGGAGCUGCACUGAAACAGCGUGCUAUGGGACUUGUAUGAUCUAUGGCAGUGGCCACUAUAUCACAUUUGAUGGAAAAUUCUAUGACUUUGAUGGGAGUUGUGAAUAUGUGGCUACUCAGGAUUAUUGUGGUGACAAAAAUUCUGUCAGCUCGUUCAGUAUCAUCACAGAGAACGUCCCUUGUGGAACUACAGGUGUCACCUGCUCAAAGGCUAUUAAAAUGUUUCUGGGGAAAACUGAGCUGAAGUUGGAGAACAAAGAUUAUAAAGAAAUUCAGCGAGAUGUUGGUGAUGAUGUGUAUUACUGGAACAAGACUGUAGGCCUCUACCUCGUUAUUGAGGCUAGCAAUGGUGUGAUGCUUAUCUGGGAUAAGAAGACCACAGUUUUCAUCAAGCUGACCCCUGAUUACAAAGGCAAAGUGUGUGGUCUAUGUGGCAACUUUGAUGACAAGUCUAACAAUGAUUUUACAACCAGGAGUGGGCUGCAGGAGACUAAUGCUCUGACAUUUGGGAAUUCCUGGAAACAGUCUUCUAUGUGUCCAGAUGUCACAGAAGAGGUUAAGCCCUGUGAUUUGAAACCACAUCGCAAGUCCUGGGCAGAGAAAGAAUGCAGCCUCAUCCUGGGUGAAGUCUUCAAAAUUUGUCACUCCAAGGUAAACCCAACUCCUUUCUAUGAUGCUUGUGUUCAUGAUGCCUGCUCUUGUGACAGUGGUGGAGACUGCGAUUGCUUCUGUUCUGCAGUUGCUGCAUAUGCUCAAGAAUGUACCAAGGCUCAGGCCUGUGUUUUCUGGAGAACUCCUGAUAUAUGUCCAAUAUUUUGUGACUACUAUAACCCUCGUGACGUGUGUGAGUGGCACUAUGAGCCUUGUGGCAGCGAUGUCAUGACCUGCAGGAUGAUUAAUAAUGUCAGCACCAAUUUUUCAGUACCAUACCUGGAAGGUUGCUAUCCCAGAUGCCCUGAGAAGACACCCAUUUAUAAUGAAGAGACAAAGGAAUGUGUGACUUCAGAUAAAUGUUGGUGUUACGUCAAUGGUAGUCCUGUUCGCCCUGGCGAAGAAAUACCUACAGAAGAGAACUGUACAAAGUGUGUCUGUGGCCCCUCAGGAUCCAUUGAUUGUGCACCAAUCCCAGCAUGUCCUUGUGUCAUCAAUGGAACGAGAUAUGAAGUGGGAGAAGCUGUGGCAGUAAUACAGGAUGGUGUCAUGUGCACAGUAUAUAUUUGUGCAGCAAAUGGAACUGUAGUUCUUGGAAAGCAUUUUCUUUGUCCAUCAACUACUUCACCUUUGAUAUCUACAACACCUUCGACACCUUCUUCAACUUCAACCAUUAUAACCAGCACUGGUACAGCUACAAUUACAACCAUAGGUAAAUCUUCAACAGAGAUCUACAUCUCUCCAUGCCUUGGAUUAAUCUGUGAUUGGUCUCAGUGGUUUGAUGUUAGUAAACCUGAAGAAGGUGGUGGUGACUAUGAAACCUAUUAUGAAAUAAAUAAACAUGGACAUGAAAUAUGUAACCUUCCUGAAAACAUUGAAUGCAGGGCUAAAAAUAAGCCUGAUUUAAGCUUAGAGCAACUUGGCCAGAAAGUGGAGUGUAAUGUUACGUAUGGACUCAUCUGUAAAAAUGAGGAGCAAGACACAAGUAUCUGGCAUCUUUGCUAUAAUUAUGAAAUCAGAGUAAACUGUUGUGAGUGGCAGGAAAUUCCUUGUGGGACUCCAACUACAAGCCCAGUCACCAUCAGAACAACAGUACCCACAAGUACUGCAACCCCGCCAACAAAAUCAACUACCAGCCCACCAAUAACCACUCCAGCCACCAUAAGCCAAACCACACCACCAGUUACCAGCCCAGUAACUUCAGCCUCCACAGUACCAACCACUACUCCCACACCAACUCCAUCGGAGUCUCCCACCAGUGCAACCACCAGCAUGCCACCCUUGAGAACCACCAGCACCCUGGGGACAACGACAACAGUUCCUGGCACAUCAGUACCCACUCCAACUAUUACAAGCAUGGUCCCACCAACGAUAAGAACUCAAACCCAGCCUCCUCCAACUACACUACCACUAGAAAACUGUGACUGCAUAUGGACAGACUGGUUCGAUGUGAGUAAGCCAAACAUUUCUGAUGUAAACAGUGGGGACUACGAAACCUUUGAAAAUAUCAAGAAGUACAACACAUCCUGGAAAUGCCUAAAAGCUGAGAAUAUCUCAUGCAGAGCAACGGACAAGCGGGAAACAUCCCUUGAAGAUUUAGGCCAGAAAGUGGAAUGUAACGUUAACACAGGGCUAAUCUGCAAUAAUAAAGAUCAGGUAAACAGCGAUACUAAAUACUGCCAUAAUUACGAGAUUAGCAUUUGCUGCAUUGAGAAGCAGGAGUGCAUUCCAAGUACAGAAUACAGAACCAGUACGCCCACAACAGUGUCCACAACAAGGAGCACUGCUACGACUACAACUCUGUGGACACCAACUCGCCCGCCGGUCUCAACAACAGGUCCCAGCAGUACCACCAGUGGCACGACGCCCUCCAGCAGUCCCAGCAGUACCACCAGUGGCACGACACCCUCCAGCAGCAGCACCCCGGGGACAACGCCUGUUACUCCUCCAACGACCACGUCCCCGACUACCCUGACUACUACCAGUGCAUCCACGCCCACGCCGACACACACUACCUCCCUGUCACCUCCGUCCUCGACAAGCGAAGGCCCCACUCCCCCCGGUACCACGACUGUCCCUGUGUCGACCACAACUCUCCCGCCAGUCUCAACGACAGGUCCCAGCAGUACCACCAGUGGCACGACACCCUCCAGCAGCAGCACCCCGGGGACAACGCCUGUUACUCCUCCAACGACCAUGUCCCCGACUACCCUGACUACUACCAGUGCAUCCACGCCCACGCCGACACACACCACCUCCCUGUCACCUCCGUCCUCGACAAGCGAAGAGCCCUGCACAGUCCCUCCAGAGGGCUGCACCUGGACUGACUGGAUUGAUAAGAGUUACCCACAAUAUGGCCCAAACGGUGGUGAUGAUGAGACCUUUGAGACGAUUCAGAUAAAUAGGCCUCCAUGGAACUGUGCAAAGGUUGAGAAUAUUUCAUGCAGAGCAGAGAAAUGGCCUGACAUUCCCAUUUCAGAUUUAGGGCAGAAGGUGGAAUGUAACGUUAACACAGGGCUCCUCUGUAAAAAUGAGGAUCAGAAGCCAGGAGGCAUAAUUCAGAUGCCAGUCUGCAUCAAUUACCAGAUCAAAGUCUGCUGUGCUACCGAACUACCUCCGUGGUGUACUACAACUCCUACAUCCACUACCACAACCACCAUCCACUCCACAACCACAGAACUACCCCAUUCAACCACAACGAGCACUCCUUUAACUACAACCACGACAAAAACCACUCUCCCGCUAGUCUCAACGACAGGUCCCAGCAGUACCACCAGUGGCACGACACCCUCCAGCAGCAGCACCCCGGGGACAACGCCUGUUACUCCUCCAACGACCACGUCCCCGACUACCCUGACUACUACCAGUGCAUCCACGCCCACGCCGACACACACUACCUCCCUGUCACCUCCGUCCUCGACAAGCGAAGGCCCCACUCCCCCCGGUACCACGACUGUCCCUGUGUCGACCACAACUCUCCCGCCAGUCUCAACGACAGGUCCCAGCAGUACCACCAGUGGCACGACACCCUCCAGCAGCAGCACCCCGGGGACAACGCCUGUUACUCCUCCAACGACCACGUCCCCGACUACCCUGACUACUACCAGUGCAUCCACGCCCACGCCGACACACACUACCUCCCUGUCACCUCCGUCCUCGACAAGCGAAGGCCCCACUCCCCCCGGUACCACGACUGUCCCUGUGUCGACCACAACUCUCCCGCCAGUCUCAACGACAGGUCCCAGCAGUACCACCAGUGGCACGACACCCUCCAGCAGCAGCACCCCGGGGACAACGCCUGUUACUCCUCCAACGACCACGUCCCCGACUACCCUGACUACUACCAGUGCAUCCACGCCCACGCCGACACACACUACCUCCCUGUCACCUCCGUCCUCGACAAGCGAAGGCCCCACUCCCCCCGGUACCACGACUGUCCCUGUGUCGACCACAACUCUCCCGCCAGUCUCAACGACAGGUCCCAGCAGUACCACCAGUGGCACGACACCCUCCAGCAGCAGCACCCCGGGGACAACGCCUGUUACUCCUCCAACGACCACGUCCCCGACUACCCUGACUACUACCAGUGCAUCCACGCCCACGCCGACACACACUACCUCCCUGUCACCUCCGUCCUCGACAAGCGAAGGAACCUCUCCCCCCGGCACCCCACCUGUUGAAACUGUGUCGACCACCACUCGCCCGCCAAUAUCGACGACAGGCCCCACUCCCCCCGGUACCACGACUGUCCCUGUGUCGACCACAACUCUCCCGCCAGUCUCAACGACAGGUCCCAGCAGUACCACCAGUGGCACGACACCCUCCAGCAGCAGCACCCCGGGGACAACGCCUGUUACUCCUCCAACGACCACGUCCCCGACUACCCUGACUACUACCAGUGCAUCCACGCCCACGCCGACACACACUACCUCCCUGUCACCUCCGUCCUCGACAAGCGAAGGAACCUCUCCCCCCGGCACCCCACCUGUUGAAACUGUGUCGACCACCACUCGCCCGCCAAUAUCGACGACAGGCCCCACUCCCCCCGGUACCACGACUGUCCCUGUGUCGACCACAACUCUCCCGCCAGUCUCAACGACAGGUCCCAGCAGUACCACCAGUGGCACGACACCCUCCAGCAGCAGCACCCCGGGGACAACGCCUGUUACUCCUCCAACGACCACGUCCCCGACUACCCUGACUACUACCAGUGCAUCCACGCCCACGCCGACACACACUACCUCCCUGUCACCUCCGUCCUCGACAAGCGAAGGAACCUCUCCCCCCGGCACCCCACCUGUUGAAACUGUGUCGACCACCACUCGCCCGCCAAUAUCGACGACAGGCCCCACUCCCCCCGGUACCACGACUGUCCCUGUGUCGACCACAACUCUCCCGCCAGUCUCAACGACAGGUCCCAGCAGUACCACCAGUGGCACGACACCCUCCAGCAGCAGCACCCCGGGGACAACGCCUGUUACUCCUCCAACGACCACGUCCCCGACUACCCUGACUACUACCAGUGCAUCCACGCCCACGCCGACACACACUACCUCCCUGUCACCUCCGUCCUCGACAAGCGAAGGUAAUUGUCUGUCCAUGGGGACACGAACUACUUCUCAUGUUAUCACUACUGUAACAGCAUCAAGUAGCACUGAGGAAACUAGCACCGGGACUGGCUUUCCUUCGACGUCAUCGCCUACCAUCCCUUUUAGCACGGCAACCUUGGGAUCAUCUUCCCCAUUGUCAACUCCAUCUAUCAGUACCUCACCUUCUUCUGUAUCAACAACCCCAUCAGAAGUCACGACUUCAGGAACAACUCCCACCAAAUCAUUUACCACUACUUCAGGAACAACCUCUAUUCCUUUUACCAAUGUCACUUCAACCACCAUUACCACAUCUGCAAUUGUUCCCCCUGGUUCAACUAGUACUUCUGGCACUACUCCAACAUCAAGUGCAGUCACUGUUCCCGGAAGUUCCACAUACAGCACAGUUACUACACUCAGUACUUCAAGUGCAACUCCCAGUCCUGGCGCAAAUUGUACCAUUUCACCUAAUGAAACAUAUGCGCCAGGUGAGUCAUGGUGGCCGUGUAACUGCACUAAGGCGGUAUGUGUAGAAAACAAUACAGUCCAGCUGUUUCCAGUCAUCUGUGAGCCACCUCCUAAACCCACAUGUGCCAAUGGUCUUGCUCCUGUGCAAGUCCUUGAUGACGAUCAAUGCUGUUGGCAUUGGGAGUGUGAUUGCUACUGCACUGGCUGGGGAGACCCACACUACAUGACUUUUGAUGGAUUGUACUACAGCUAUCAAGGGAAUUGCACAUAUGUUCUUGUGGAAGAGAUUAAUAAAACAGUCGACAACUUUGGUGUCUACAUUGAUAACUACCAUUGUGAUGCACGGGAUGUAGUCUCAUGUCCACGAACACUCAUUGUGAGACAUGAGACUCAGGAAGUGCGCAUAGCAACAGUAGAACUAAAUACCCUACAAGUAGAGGUGACUGUAAACAAACAGCCAGUGGCUUUGCCUUAUAAAAAAUUUGGAGUGAGCAUCUAUGAGUCAGGCAUAAAUCGUGUAGUGGAAAUUCCUGAGCUUAAAAUGAAUGUGUCCUACAAUGGCUUGUCCUUUUCUAUCAGAAUGCCCUACAGCCUGUUUGGCAACAACACUCAAGGACAGUGUGGUACUUGCAAUAACAACACAGCAGAUGACUGCAGGUUACCGAAUGGAAACAUUGCAGAAAACUGUGAAACCAUGGCAGAUCAUUGGCAAGUUGUUGAUCCCUCCAAACCACAAUGCUCUCCAGGCCUAAUUCCUACAAAAUCACCCGGCACAACCACAGGACAGCCUUGCAAAGAAUCUUCCAUCUGCAAGCUUAUUUUGGGAAGGGUGUUCGAGAAGUGCCAUGCAGUUGUUAACCCUGAUAGGUUCUAUGCAGCCUGUGUUUUUGAUAGUUGUGCACUUCCCAGCUUAGACCUGGAAUGCUCAAGUCUGCAGAUCUAUGCUGCCAUCUGCGCUGAUCAAAAUGUCUGCAUUGACUGGAGAAGUCAUACCAAUGGUGUUUGCUGCACUUAUGAAUGUCCCAAACAUAAAGAAUAUAGAGCAUGUGGUCCUAGUAAAGAGAUAACCUGCAAAUCAAGUCAGCAGAAUGAAACUGCAGUUAAACAAGUGGAAGGCUGUUUCUGUCCUAAUGGUACAAUGCUGUAUGACUCUGGUGUGGAUGUCUGUGUAAACACCUGCGGCUGUGUUGGAUUGGAUAUGAUACCAAGAGAGUUUGGGGAAAGGUUUACAGCAGACUGUCAGGACUGUAUUUGCCUGGAAGGCGGAAGUGGCAUUGUAUGUGAGCCUCACAAAUGUCCCAGUCAAAAUAAGCGGAGUUGUAAUGGAAACGGCUUCUAUGAGGUCAGUGAAGUCAAUCCUGAAGACUCCUGCUGCCCCAUUGUCACCUGCAAAUGCAAUACAAGCUUGUGCACAACUGAACACCCCAAGUGUACACUGGGAUUUGAAGUUUAUUCUCAUAUUCCCAGUGAUCAGUGCUGUCCUGUGUACGAAUGUGUUCCCAAGAGGGUUUGUGUACAUCAGAAUGCUGAGUUCUUGCCUAAUUCCUCAGUCUUUGUUGAUAAGUGUCAGAAUUGCUUCUGCACUAACGAAGUUAACGUCAGCACUCAACUGAAUGUCAUCUCCUGUGAACACGUUCCAUGUGACACAUAUUGUGAACCUGGAUAUGAACGGCAAUCAGUGAAAGGUGAAUGUUGUGGAAAAUGUGUGCAGACUAAGUGUAUUAUACAUGCAUCACACAGUUCCAACCUCAUAUUGAGUCCUGGAGAGUUUGUAAAAGAUCCUUAUGACAACUGCACCAUUUAUAGUUGUACAAGUCUCCACAACCAGCUUAUCUCUUCCACAUCUGAGAUUACCUGUCCAGCAUUCAGUGCGGAGAGCUGCAAACCUGGAACUAUUACAUUCUUACCUAACGGUUGUUGCAAAACCUGUAUACCUCUGGAUAGUCCCACACCGUGCUCUGUCCGUGAAAGGGAAGACUUUAUUGUCUAUAAGAACUGCCGUUCUGUGGAGAGAGUUGUCAUGACUGAAUGUGAAGGAACAUGUGGAACUUUCUCACUAUACUCUGUUGAGGCCAAUUCUUUGGAGCACAGCUGUUCCUGCUGCAGGGAAGCAAAAACUAGCACGAGGGAAGUGGAACUGAAAUGCCCGUCUGGGCACUCGAUUCAACAUAAGUAUGUAUAUGUGGAAAGCUGCAGCUGCCAGGACACUCAUUGCAACAUCCCACAAUCCAGUGAGCCUCUGAGCAUAGAAGAAAAUCACGAGAGCACUCCAACUGCAUCGGAAGGGCCAUCAGUUUAACAACAAAAUGAAAGCGAAGAAACCUAACUGAAUUCAAAGGGACUCUGCACUGCUCUCAUCUUCCUUGACUACUUUUAAACUUUGCUUUUCCCAGUUACUAUAUUCUAUGUGUUCUCUGACUAUUUUUAACAGUGCUCUAUUUAUUUGUGUACAAAAGUACAGUGAACUUUCUCCUAAGUGCAUAGCCCUCUGGAUUGUUUUAUAAUCAGCUUAUUUUCUCUGAAUGAUUAAAAAUGCAUUUCAAACAACAUGGGGUUUGUGCUUAUUCAUGUGCUAUCUAGAUGAGCCUGAAUUUUAAAAGAGAAGGAUUUUUUUUUUCAAGU